AUGUCCGACGACGACGGCGUAUUAGGUUCAUUAGUUGCAACAGCAAAAAAAGCUUGGUUUGCAGAACUUGCGAAUUUCUCUGGUGAACUAGAGGGCAGCACCGUCGAACAAUUUUUAAAAAAUUUAAAAUCUAUUACGGCUGGUAACGAAAAAACAAAAGAUGAAGAAAGGUUACAAGUGGUUCGUGGAAAGCUCGUUAAAACAGCAGCCAAAUGGUUUGAUGAUAAUCAAGAAUUAUUUGAUAAUCAAUGGAAUAGAUUUGAAUCCACAUUUAGGAAUCGUUUUUCAUCAUCAAUCCAAUCGCAAAACAAAUUUGAAAAGUUAUUACAACGGAGGCAACAACAGAACGAAUCAGUUAUCACAUACUAUGAUGAAAAAGUGUCUUUAUGUCGUGAAUGCGAUUCAGCAAUGGAUGAUAAAGUAAUAAUUCAACAUUUAUUAAGCGGAAUAAGACCGGAUAUUGCAAAACAAGUGUUAAGAUUCGACCCACCCGUUGACACGUUGGAUAAAUUCUGGAAAGUCGCAAAGAAAGAAGAAGAUCUGAACGAAACUUAUGACAAAUUAGCAAAUUUGAAUUUACAUCACCAACAACAACCAUGGUUCGCACUUAAUUCAGAAACCAGUUCAUUUACAACGCAACAGCAGCGUCCACCAGUGUAUCAACAUCCAAACCAUUCGGCACGAAAAUCAUCAUCAUAUAAAGAUAGUUAUACUUAUCCCAAUAAAGAUUUUAGUUUAAACCAAGCACGAUUCCCUUCUAAAAAUCAACAGCCACGGAGUUCAUUGCUACAAUUUUAUCCGUGCAAAGUUUGCGGAAAAACAAAUCAUCGAACAGUUGAAUGCAAACAUCGAUAUUCAUCGGGGUGUUUCAAUUGCGGAGAAAAUCAUGCAGUCCGCGAUUGUCGCGAACCACCACAUUUUCAAUGA